UUUAUUUGAUUUUGUGAUAAAUGUCAGAUUCCGUAUUGAGGUCACUAGUGAAUGGUGAAUUUAAAUAACCCGAAAAUAAUUAAUUUGAAUAAAUCUAAUUAGUAACUAAAUUAUAUUUGCCUACAUUAAUACUAAUCAAUGUGCCAGUGAGUGAGGUUUUCUGUGAUGCAAAGCGAUAAAAGAUGAAGAGGCGCUGGUUGGAUAACUCCUGAAAUUAGGAAUUAGGGGUCCUCGUCAGCCAUGCUCAUCAAGGAAUACCGUAUUCCUCUACCGCUCACCGUAGAGGAAUACCGAAUAGCCCAACUCUACAUGAUAGCCAAAAAGAGCCGUCAAGAGAGCAGCGGCGCCGGAAGCGGCGUCGAAAUACUAACCAACGAACCGUACACCUUUGGGCCUGGCGGACAAGGACAAUACACCAAGAAACUCUACCACGUCGGCAGCCAUUUGCCAGGAUGGAUCAAAGGCAUACUCCCCAAAACCGCCCUGAUGGUGGAGGAGGAAGCCUGGAACGCUUACCCGUACACCAAAACGCGCUACACCUGCCCGUUCGUGGAAAAAUUCUACCUCGAAAUCGAAACCUACUACUAUCCCGACAACGGGCACCAAGACAACGUCUUCAAACUCACCGGCAGCGAUCUGAGAAACCGGAUAGUCGACGUGAUAGACGUCGUUAAAGAUCAACUCUACGGCACCGAUUACGUGAGGGACGAGGAUCCUACGGUGUACAUAUCGGAGAAGUCUGGCAGAGGCCCGUUGAGCCCCAACUGGCUGGAUGACUAUUGGGAAGCGGUCAAAGGCAAGCAGCAACCUUUACCCAACGGGCAAGCGUUGAUGUGCGCUUACAAGCUCUGCAAAGUGGAAUUUCGCUACUGGGGCAUGCAGACCAAAAUCGAACGAUUCAUACACGACACAGCACUUAGAAGGACGAUGUUGAGGGCCCACAGGCAGGCCUGGGCCUGGCAGGACGAGUGGCACGGGCUCUCGAUGGAGGACAUCAGAGAAAUCGAGAAGCAAACGCAAUUGGCGCUGAAGCGAAAAAUGGGCCAGGUGGAAGAGGAGCUGGAUGAAGACGACGAGAUAGGUAACCGGUCGUACAAAGAAGACGCCGGGAAGACCCUCGCGGCGACUUUGGGCAGCAUAGAAGUCGCCGCCGAAGACAGCCCGUUGCUGACCAAAAACGCUAAUGUACCUACCAUACAAACUGCGGCCAGUUCCGACGCCGAUCUUUCGCCCGAAGACGAAAUUACAACAAAGAGAGAGGAGAAAUGGCAACAAUCCCGCACGUUGCACUCGCCCAGCUCGUCCUCGAUCAAAAGCUUCGAUCUCCAAGUGGCCAAUUGGCGCAUCAAAACGUUGGGUAGAGACUCGGGCUCGUCCUCCGACGAGGAGUUCUUCGAUUGCGAGGAAAUCGCCGAUUCCGUGUCGCUGGCCAAGUGGAGCUCGUUGGAAUUGCUCGCCGAAGAGGACGGCGACGCCUCGUCGCCCAACAACCUGUUAGUCGACAAUCAAAUCGAAGACAGUAUAUUCUCGCCGGUGUAUCUGAAGCGCGUGACGAGCGAAAGGGGCAACAGAUGCCUGAUGAGCGCCAGGGGGAAGAUUAAUUCGUUGGAGGCCUCGAAUUCGGAUUCUCCGGCGGUUUCCGCGGGACAGAAUCCUUGUAAUAUUACGGUUUUGAUACUGGCGUUUCACGCCGGGAGCGUUUUAGACGCGAACGUCGACAUGGCCGCAAAGAAAUCGGAUGUAACCACGUUCAAAGGAGCUUUCGAAUCGGUAAUGCGCCAACAUUACCCUUCCUUAAUAGGUCACAUAGCGAUUAGAUUGGUCUCGUGUCCUUCCAUUUGCACCGAAGGAUUGGGGAUUCUAUCGAGUCUCAGUCCGUACAGUUUCGAUGUAUCUCCGUCGUGCACGGACGCGCCCCAAGUCACCCACGAUUCCAUACCGAUCGGAGCCAUCCCGAUUUUGGCCACGUCGACGUUCGAUUAUACGGAGGCCGUUUCGAAGACAAUCAGUGCCGCUAACGCCGCUUAUCAUGAAUUUUUGAGAUCGGAGGAAGGUACGGGUUUCGCGGGCCAAGUUUGCUUCAUAGCGGAUUCGAUGGGCUCGAUAUUGGCCUACGAUUCGCUCUGUCGCACGACCAAGUACUCGUCGAGGCACGGCAGCGAGAAUAGCAUAUUGGAAUCGGAUUUGCAGAAAGUUUUAGAUGAUGUACACAUCAACGAAACCGGUCACUUGUCGGCGCCGCCUCCCAGGCGAAGAUCCUCGUCCACCAGCGAGCAAACCCAACUGAAAUUAGACUUUGAAGUGUCGGAGUUCUUCAUGUUCGGCAGCCCUCUCGCCUUAGUCCUCGCUUACAGAAGAAUAUCGUCGCAAGACGAUAAAUCCAACGCCAUAACCCGUCCAGUGUGUCUUCAAGUGUAUAAUUUGUUCCAUCCAACCGAUCCUGUAGCCGCCAGGCUCGAACCUCUGAUAUCCGCUCGAUUCUCGAUGUUGCCGCCUGUAAAUAUAUCCAGGUACGCCAAGUACCCGCUGGGCAACGGCCAACCCUACCACUUAGUCGAAAUUCUUCAGUCUAACUCUCAAAUGUUUAACGAUACAUUGCAACCUAGACGCUUGUCCGAAGUCUCCAUACAGAGCACCGUUUCCGGGCUCAUAGAUAACAUUCCCCUUCAAGCCAUCAGCGCUUUGCAACACAAAUGGUGGGGCAACAAGCGCUUGGACUACGCCUUGUACUGUCCCGAAGGCCUGUCCAACUUUCCCACGAACGCCCUGCCGCAUCUCUUCCACGCCAGCUACUGGGAGAGCUGCGACGUGAUCGCCUUCAUAUUGAGGCAAAUCGGCGGCAUCGAGGUGACCGCCCUGCCGGGCGAGGGCGACAGAGAGCAAACCUUCAGGCCGGGACAGCCCAGGGAGAAGUGGAUUCGCAAACGAACCUCUGUCAAACUCAAAAACGUCACGGCGAAUCAUCGAGCCAACGACGUGAUAGUGCUCGAUGGGGCGCCGCAAACUCUAACGGCUAGGUUCAUGUACGGACCGUUGGAUAUGAUAACGUUAACGGGAGAGAAGGUCGAUAUACACGUGAUGAAAGACGCGCCGCUGGGCGAAUGGAUCCAUCUGGCGACCGAAGUGACCGAUAAAACGGGCCGGACCACGUUCACCAUACCGCCCGACAAGUCGCUCGGCUACGGAUUGUAUCCCAUUAAGAUGGUGGUGAGGGGCGAUCACACGGCGGUGGAUUUCUUCUUGGCUGUGGUGCCGCCCAAGACGGAAUGCGUCGUGUUCAGCAUCGACGGAUCGUUCACUGCGAGCGUUUCCGUCACCGGGAGGGACCCCAAAGUGCGAGCCGGCGCCGUCGAUGUCGUUCGGCAUUGGCAGGAACUGGGUUACUUGAUUAUCUACAUCACCGGCAGGCCGGACAUGCAACACAGACGGGUGGUGUCUUGGUUGUCCCAGCAUAAUUUCCCGCACGGUUUGAUUUCCUUCGCCGACGGCCUAUCCACCGAUCCUCUGGGCCACAAAGCCGCUUAUCUGAACAAUCUCGUCGAAUCGCACGGUAUGGUGAUACACUCGGCUUACGGCAGCGCCAAAGACAUCAGCGUGUACACGACGCUCGGCCUGAAGCCCAAGCAGAUUUACAUAAUAGGCAAAGCCACCAAGAAGCAACAGUCGCAGGCGACGAUCCUGAUGGAGGGCUACGCGGCCCAUUUGAGCGCCCUGAUGUCCCACGGGGGCUCGAGGCCCGCCCAAGGCAACGCCCGGAUGGUGAUUCCCCGGGGACAUUUCGGCCUUCCCGGCCAGACGUUCUCCAGGCGAAGGAGUCGAUCGGCGAAGAGAGCGACAUCUUAUCCGAUAGCGACUGAACUGUCUUCGCAAUCUAUAGAAAGAUCGAUGAGCACGAGACGCUAUCAAUUACCGAAAGCGACCCUUACCCUUUCUCCUAAUAUUUGAAAAACCAAGUUCAACGUACGCUGUGACAAUUAAUCGCGAUUUUUGGCAUUUUUUCCGGCACGAAUUCGAAAUUUUAUGUAGUAGAAUUGCUCACUUAUCCAAGAGAUUUCGAUCAUUUGAGCAAUCAUUCUAAUUACAUUACAAACUAUUCGAGUUCGCUGGAAAAAAUCGUAAAAUCUGGCGAUGUUCGAGAGGUAGUAAGGACGAUGGAACGUAAUAAUAGUGAAUUUUGAUUAGAAUUAUUUGCACAUUUUACGGUCUCGAGUCCUCGCUACGUUAGUUAAGCCUAUUUAUUAUUGUUAGUGUCAGUGUUGUGAGGAAAAGAUACUAACGUAAAUAUUUUUGUAUUCGCAAAUAGAAGUCUGCGUACUUUUUUUACCGUCGAUCAGUUUACUUAAAUGUUUAUUAGUAUUCCAGUUUUCUCCACACAUGCUACUUUUUUUGGAUGUACUGUUAGAGAAUUUAGCGGGUUUGUUAGAUCUUGCCGUUGUUUAUAUUUUUCUACCUGUAUCGUCUUAAACUAUAUCAUUAGUUGAUUAAAGUUGCUGGUUGAUUUUUGAUCGUUGGAAACUAAAUUAAAAAAAUCAAAAAAAUUAAAGGUAAAAGUAGGAAAUUACAUAGACUAUUUUCUUGAAUAUUAUCUGAUAAAAAAAGAAACUUUGAAUAUUUAUCGAUACACAGAUUCAGGUUCUCGAGAGAAUGCUCUGAACGCAAAAGAACAGUCGUUUUAUUUCUGGACACCUUUGUAAUAUAAACGUCAUUUCGACAAUAAGAAUAUUUUUUAUAAAAUUUUAAUCAAAACAAAAGUGAUUUUAAGUAUUAUUAGUUAUCUAUUAAACAUAUUUUAGAAUCGGAAAAUGCUGUUUAAUUAAUGUAUAAAUCGUACUGGCUCUGAAAGUUGUUGGUAAUGUCGCAUUUUAGGCACCUCUAAUAUCUACAG